AUGUUGCUCCCAUCUGCCCUCCCCUGCGAUGUGCGCCGGUCGUCUCGCUUCACCCCUAGUCGCCUCUUUGCGACUCCUCCCCCCUCCGACAGAAGAUCUUCUACAACAGGCAAUGGCCUGCUCGGCACCUGUCGCGCUCUCCAGUCACUGUUGAAUGGAUCACCAGCGCCCUCAUCGCGCCGAUCCGUUAAACCCCAACGCCUCCAGAGCCCCCUCCCCAUCCAGCCCCCGCGUCGCUCACCACGGCUGCGCAAAGUCGCUCGUCCUGCUUCUCCUCGACAAACUCCUGCUCCCACUACCACAGCCCACACUCCCCCUCCCCCACCAUCAGCGCCCGCGCGAGGCGCCAACAAGCGGCGACGCGAUGAGUCCGACGACGACAGCGACGCAGAUCUCGGUCGCCGGGUUUCUACCCCCAAACGCCGCCGGCACGUCCCUUAUGACCUGCCUCUCGGCCUCUCCUCGACAGAUUUCUAUUCCCUCCACUCGCCACCCAUCACCCAGUCUCCACCGUCUCCUGCACAACGUCCCAUCCAUCCGCGCAACCACCCCUCCAGUCCGCGCAUCGACCCCGACGCCCCUCUGCCCUCUAUCGAAGAAUCAGACGAGCCUGCUGGCCCCUCACCCGCACUCAACUGGACUGCCGAAGAAGACCAACACCUGAUCGAGGUGGUCCUCGAGAAAUUCCGUCUUUCCCAACAAGAGUGGGAUGACUGUGCCCGCCAGAUGGGCCGUCGGAGCCACUCGCAAGUGGGACACCGAUGGAAUACUCUCGUUGGCGAAGGUCGCGUCGGGCUGCGCCGUGGACAAUGA